AUGGAGUCCAUUGGACAAAGCAUCGAGCAACCCCAUGGAUCCAUAGGCAAGGAUAAGAACAAGCACCAUAAUAAUGCUCCCGUGAACGUCGACGAGGUAGAAGUCUCGGAUGGUGAGAGUGAGAGCACCACCGUUGCCUCAAACCCAACCUCACAAGACGACGCUGGUGUCAAAACCAUUCUGGCGGCCACAACAUCCAACACGGCCACCCCUACCCCAGCUGCACCUAAUGGCCUGACAAAGAUUACAACCAUCACAAAGCUCCAUGACUAUGAAAAGUUAACACAAGUCACGACGUCGGUCAAGAAAUUGAUCGUUCGUUUUGAUGGCUACGAUGAAGAAUUCGUCAAUGACACAGACAUUAGGAGCUAUCUUGAACACAUCUCGGACGAACGUCUCAUCCACAUGCCGCAACGAGGUAGUGAUUGGGAUCGUGUACUCAGUAAUGCCCAGCUCUUCGGUCUUCAAAUCACAGCUUUCGCUAGCAAGAUUGAGACCUUUGCCGCUGGUGCCCAUGCAUCAGCAUCAGCUGCUUUGGCCAGCUGUCAAGUCCUUCUUGAGAUCGGCCAUAACCAAGCAAAAGCUCUCGCCCCAACCUUCAUUGCCUUCUACGAACUGGCCAUGCUGCUAUCCACAGUCUCUCGCAUCCGCGACCUCGAACAUAUGCCCCCGUCCGUCAAAGAGGCAGCUGCCCAUAUCCUUUGCGAGCUUGUGCACCUCAUCGGCUGCAUCGCAAGCCACUACAAGCAGAAGAUUGGUAGCCUCAGACCUGGCAGCACCGUCACCAUCAGCUUUGAUGCAGCAUUUGGCCAACACAUCGACAGCAUCUGGAAAGCCAAGGAUGAUCUCUGCGACCGUGUGUGGCGACACCGUCUUGGCAACAAGGCCUUUUCCAUCAGCCUCAAAUCUGUCCGCCAACGCCUCCAGCCAUCCUCUGCUUCGUCAGCCAGAAACACUCUGUACGACGAAGUCUACGAGCAUGUCGAACGUUCGGAGGAUACCUGUGGCUGGAUAACCGGCCAAUUGACCAGCUUCCUCAGCAGCAAGGAGAAGCUUCUCAGCAUAUGGGGUGAGGCUGGCAUUGGUAAAAGUGUCCUUGCUGAGUGGGUUCAGGAGAGACUUGCGCGUCCUCUGGACUACAAAUCCUACACUGUCCUUGCCUACAACUUCCCUUGGGACUCUCCCAAUGAAGCGACAUCGCUUGCUUGCGUGAAGAGCUUCAUAUUCCAGUUGCUGGACCGUAGUGUAGGCGAUGUUGAACUCUAUGGACGCCUCGUGCAGGCCUUUGAAGCAUACUCCAAGACCUCCGACCCGGCCAAGCUCGAGACAGCUCUCUGGAGUGCUCUGCACACUGGACUCCAUGCAAAUGAGAGAGUAGGAACUUCCUUCAUUCUCCUGGUGGAUGGCUUUGACGAGAGGGUGGUCGGCUCCAAGAGCGCAGUUAGCUUGCACAACACCCUCAAAGGCUGUGUCUCAGACCUCUCCCUCACUCGUGUUAUCACUUUCUCUCGAAGAAUUGACGGUUUCAAGGACAGCAAGGUCUUCAAGAUCACCGAGGCUCAGAUCCAUGAGGACAUCCGAUCUCAUUUCAAGCAGACACUGUCCAAGUCUCGUCACUACCAUGAUGUUACCCAUCAAGACCGUGAGAAGUUCGUUGACGACCUGGUAGUAAAGGCUAAUGGCAGUUUCCUUUGGGCGUUCUACGCUGGCCGUCUCCUGCUACGAGAGAAAUCUUGCGAUGCAUUCCUUGCGACCGCCAAGAGUAUCAGCAACAAUGUCUUUGAGGUCCUCCGAAGUGCUGUGGAGAAGUUGAACCUCAAGCAGAACGAGACAGUCAGGUAUCUCUUGUCCUUCAUGGUCAUCACCAGCACCCCAUUUGCAGCACAAGAAAUUGCAGAUCUCCUCUCCACAGACCUACACAAGAGAUGCAUGCAUUCCACCCCUUUCAACAUCCAAAAGUUUGUUUCGGAGAACUGCAGUGACUUUUUUAUUAUCCGUGGAGGACGCCUCCACUUCCGCAAUGCCGUUGUUCAGAUGCACUUCAAGAGUCUGCUUGGCAAGUCCCUCCUUUCAGAGAAAGAAACCCAUUCGCAACUGACGCUGAGAAUGCUUCUGUAUGCGAGAUUGAACCUUGGCGAUGAGCAAGAGCUCAUUCCAGAUGAGCUUGACGACUCCGUAGUGGAUGUCGUCCUCCACAAGCACCACCUUAUGGGCUAUGUUAUGUGCAACUGGGUGACCCAUUUCCGUUAUGCUGGCUUUGUUGCCACUGACGGGAAGAUGAACCUGCCUUCUGGAUUCCGUGACAUUUUCCCCGAGUCUGUCAUGUUCACCCUCCUGGAGCGGCCGUGUUGGGGGAGACACCACGUUCCUAAGGACACUAUCGAGCUCCAUGAGCUUGCUCUCCGCGUCCGAGAGACUUGUUUCGGAGAGAAGCAUGUCACAGUCUUGCAGAGUCUCAUCUCUCUAGGCCACAUUCACGUCAAGUUCUCAACUUCUUCAGAUGCCCAUGUCCAUGGAGCACGAUACUUUUACCGCGCUGCUAAGUUAGGAGAGGCUGUUCUGUUAAAGACGAGUGUCUUUGUCAGUACUUGCACACAUCUCUUUUUGACUUGGACUGAGAGUAUUGUCAUUACCAAGAGGACUGAGAUUGUGGAUUGCCGCGAGGAGAUGAUUCGUGUCUGGAUUGAGGUUUGCAAGCACAAGCACGGUCGAUCAAGCGAUGAGGUCAUUUGCUGGUAUGAGAAACUUGCCAAGCUCUAUAUCUGCAUCCACGAAGAGUGGCGAGCAACCGCCAUCUACAAGGAGCUCUAUGAGAUUAUUGUCAUUCGUUAUGGCAAGAAGUCUCCCGAGGCUGGACGCAUCGGUGCCUUUUUUGGGACUUUGGACAUCGUCCUCAAAGGCGAAGAGGCUGAAAAGGGUAUCUGUGAGUUUGAGGAGUUCAUAUUUGAGACAACUGAAGAACUUGAUAUCCACGAUCACCUUUGCAUCGCCAUGAUGAUCAAGCUUGCCUGGUCGUACCACGCCUGUGGCAAGCAAUAUCUGGCCGAGAGGCUUUUUAUCAGUAUCUGGCGUCGCAUUUCUAUCACCUGUCGAGUCAACGCCAGCAUCGAGGUGCACAUUGCCAAGAUCCAGAUCGCUCUCGAGUACUGCAAGUACCUACGCAAGGUACAUCGCAAAGAGGAAGCCAGCACUAUCCUUAUUUGCCUCUGGGCCGAGUAUGAGCACUACCACUGCGAGUCUGAGACUUUGAUAGUCUGGAUCCGAGAGCUUGGAUCGUUCUGCAGGAAUUUUGGUCUGCUUGAGAUUACAGUUACAAUCUUGACCAAGGUUUGGGGCUGGUUCAAAGGACGUGGUAAGGGUGACGACGAAGAAGCUCGCAAGACUACCAUUCUUAUCACCGAGGUCGUGGAAGAGGUCACUGAGACCAUAAUCGAGAAAAAGACAACCACAACUACUACCACCGAAGUCACUGAGACGGUUGUCAAGGAGAUCUACGAGACGCACUACCACCGCUGCAAGAAGACUGGUUUUGACCGGGCCUUUUACUCAGCUUGCAUGGCACUCAUCGGCAUAUACUUUGAACACAACAAAUGGUCAGAGGCUGAAAUCAUUAUCAAGCGAACUCUUGAGAUCACCUGGAAGGCCAUCUUGAGCAUUGAAACCAGCAUCACCCUUUGCGAGCAUUCUGCCCGUGAAUGUGUCCAUGUGGCUCGCCGACUUGCCAAGUGCUACCACCGUCAAGGCCACUUUGAGGAGGCUGAGUCUAUUUACCUCCGCGUCUAUCACGCCUGUUUGACUUCUUGCACGCUUGAGGAUGAACUGCUGCAGGAGUCUCUCACAGUUCUGAUCGAAUUUUAUGAGGAGCACCACAGACAUGAGAAGGUGAUCCAAAUCUAUGUCGCCAUUUUGGAGCGGUAUAAGAAACAUCUUGGCCACUCCCAUCACUUGACCAUCAAGACGCUGUACCUUCUGGCCCAUCAUUGCAAGCUCAUUGGACAUAAGGAUACGUACACCUACUAUCUUGAGAUUGUCACUGUUCUGAACAAGGGUAUAAAGCAUUGCCAUCAUUAUGCCUUCGAAGCGUCCCUUUGGCUUUGCCGCCACUACCAUCAUCGUAGCAUGUGGGUUCAGCUACGGGAGAUCUGUAGCUUCAUGUGGGAAACACUUUGCCACCACCGGGGAGAGCACAAGUGGACUGAGGAUAUCAUCUGUGAGAUAUACGAGAAGUACACGUACGUUCUUGAAGUUCACAUUAAGGUUGAAUAUUCGGUCCUCUACAACAUCUCCGUCCAGUACAAGGAAGUAAUCAAGACUGUCUGCGGCAGCGAGUCUCACGGCUACAUCUUGGCCUUGAUCGCGUUUGCAAAGAUGUGCGAGAAGCAUGAGAGUCAUGUACACGAAGCGAUCACUGUCUACGAGGAGGUGAUCAAGAAAGCAACCAUAACCAAGACUACGACCACCGUUAUCACCGAGACUACCGUGACCACGGUCAAGAAGCGUCUUUCCAGACUGUAUGUGACCGUUAUCACCACUGGAGGGAAGAAAGGUGGGCAUGUCAAUAUUCCUGUCGAUCGGGCUAUUGAGAUUUGUAUCGAGACCUACCAGCAUCUCAAGAUCACCCUGGGAUGCUGGCAUGAGGAGACUCUGAAGCAACUUGAGUACGUGAUCAAGCUUUACCACACCUUCAACACCAAGGAGUACCACCUUAAGAUGGUGAAGCUCCUUGAGGUUCACAUCACUGAGGUUAUCACGACUUGCAAGGUCACGACGACGCUUUUCAAGGUUGCAAUUACUCUGGCGUCUAUCUACGUCAGCGUCAAUCUCAUCCAGGAAGGUCACCAGAUACUCCGCCAACUCCGCCAUCUUGUAAUCUUCAGAGGAACUAUGCCUUCGGUUGAUCUCACUCUCAAGUUGGAUGUCCACCUGAGCAGGCACGUCUUUAUCUUCCUCAGCGCUUUCGAGCAUGGUCUUUGUCCCAAAGAUUGCCCCACAACUUACUCCGAGAUCAUGGCCACCAUCAUCUUUGAGUCUCUUCUCUACGAGGAGUACUCCCGCGUGAUCGAACAUGAGACCGAUCUUGAGAUCAUCCUUGAGUGUGGAGCCAAGUUACGCGGCUUCUGGUUCGAGAACAAACGCUCUCAGCUUCUCGUCACGCUUGAUAAGCGACUCUUCCAGCUUUUCAAGAAUAAGUACGCAGCUUACUUCAAGGAUGUGAGCGAUGAGCACCUGCGUAUCUUUUACCUCGCCAUUCUUUGCGAACUUGGCAAAGAUCGUGGUGCGACCAGGAUUGACUUCCCUCUGCUCGCCGUUAAGGCUGGUAGCGUCAGAGUCAAGGAGCUCCUGCAUGCCAAGGACUGGCAUUGCGCUGAGCAGCUCGGCCACUGCAUCUUCCAUUUUGCCCAGGCACAGAAGCUAUAUCACCGCAGCAACUGUAUUCAAUAUGGCUACAAACUCGCUGAGUACCUCGCGGGUAUCGACGUGCCUCAUCCAAUUGACCCUAAGGAUGAUAAGGUUAGGAAUGCCAUGCUGACAACAUCGCGCGUAAUCAUGGCCGAGGUGCUCACUGCGUUCCGGCAAGAGAAUAUCGAUGUCCUCUGCCUUCGAUUUGAGGAUGUUUCUGGACUCAUCCGUCUUCUUGGGGCACAACAGAACUGGGAUGAGCUUGAACGACUCCUCCACCGUCUGUGGAGUGCCCGAGAGAGGAUGCAGAAGUCUGGCUGGUCGCCCGCUACCGUCUUGGACAUUGGUAAGAUGCUCGUUCACGCCCAGUAUGCCCGAAAGGAUGUCACUUGUGCUAUAGAGACAGCCGAGUUGAUCUGCUACAACAUGAGACGCAGCAGAGGCCGCCUCGAUGUAGAGACUCUGGAAUUAUCACGUCUUCUUGCUACUCUAUAUGCGGAUAGUGGUCGAAAAGCUGCUGCUAUGUCUCUCCACGAAUCAAUCUUGCGCGAGAUGAUCUCUUGCAGCAACGGAAAUGAGUUUGGUGAGGCCUAUCCCGAGCGCCAGCGGUUCACUUCAGAGGCACGAAUCCACCUUGAACUUCUCAAGGCCGCGCAUCAGCAGUUGAAAGGUUGGACAAAGCCAGUUGAUGAGUUCAAAGAGGUUCACUCUCAUCUGAACAGCGAUCUUGGCCUUGAACUGCCUGCUUUUGACAAGUGGUCCAAUGGAGCGGUGGAUAAGAACAUUGAGGGAGGAGGCAAGUACGUUGUUCCGAGGGAGUGGAAGCUUAAGGGUGAUACAAAGAGUGCUGUAUCACGCAGGAGGGUCAGCUAUGAGAGACCACGCGGGCGCUUGGAUGUGCUCCAGACUGCAAGGCACUGGUGGCUGGUUUAUUAA